UAUUACGAUUAAAGCGAAUUUGAGCGAAUUCAAACACGGCCAAAGUAACCAACAAGGCCGGAAAAAUAAAUUAAAAAGAAAUAACAAAACUAAUUAAACCUAUGGUACUGGGCCCUUAGGGCCGACAUCCAAAAAAUACAGAUAUAGAUAUAUGCGAAGAAAUAAUGGAAGUUGAUAAUUUUCCUGAAGUAUCAAGUACUCCUCCAAAGCAAUCGUCUUUGGGAUCGUGUAAUUACUUCAAGUGAAAGAUUAAUAGACAAUUUGAAAACAUCAGAAUCGUUAAGCCUGCCCAAGAAUUCCAGAAACGAAAGUCAUGAAAUGAAUAUGGAAAAUUCGAAUGAGAUGCCGUUUGAUGAAACGUGUGAACGAACUCUUGUAAAAGCAUCAAUAGAAUUGGGAUUGCAGAUUGAAGGCCUACUAAACAGCUCCAUAGAGGAGCAAUUACAAAAUGGUAGUAACAAAAAAAAUGAAAACUAUAACGUGUCACCAGUGGUGACAGCUACUAUUCAAGAAGUACCGAUAACUGCUCUCAUGUCAAAUAAUCACAAAUCAUUGAGUCCAAUACUCGUAGAGAAGACUGCAAAAAUAAAACAAACGUUAUCAGGCGAUCAAACGCCAUCGAGGGUUUCAAUGAAGAAGCCGUCUUUGAUAAUGACAUCAUUUUCUUCAAACACUGAAGCAUUAAAUGAUUUAGGUGACACUAGUCUGGUAAGUGAUUCAAAAGCAGAUGAGUCAAUCAUUAGCAUUGAAGACACUGAAGUUACAGAAAUGGAUAAUAAAGUGGAAAAGCAAAAUGAUACUGAUCGUGCAUUUGACAAUCUCAUAACGAAGGAGAUUGUUAUUAGGCUGCACAGAACAAAAGUUCACAGAAAAGCUAGCAGUGAGGAGACAUCAAUUUUUAAGCGUGACAAGUCAAAAGCCUCCAAAGACGCAAUCAUAUCUGAUGACAGUAAAGAUCCGAAUCCUGAAAUACUUGAAGUUAGUUGCAAUCUGGAAAAUGCCACUCCGUUCACUGAUAAACUGUUACAAAGUGAAAAAGGUAACGAACAUGAGAAACGCAAAUCCAGAUUGAUGUCUGCAAACAAUUAUUCUCCAGCAAAAUGGAUGUCUUUGGUGGUUGAGAACAAAUCGCGUACAAACAUUGAUAGAAAUAGCAUUAACAAGAAGGAUCAUGUUAUUUCAAGCAAGGAGAGUUUAGAGAAAGGUACAUUAUGGUCCACUGAUACGACUUCAUUCAUUGAAGUGACGGCAAGCAACAUGAACAUACCAGUGGAAAAUAAUUCCGACGAAGGCGACUCUCUAAUAUCCUCGAUAGAUCGUUCUUUCGCUGAUUUAAAAAAGUCGGCAACGUAUACGUUGCUCUUGACUGAUAAUUUACAAACAGUCAAAGAUGAAGAUAAAUUGCAAGUUAAAGCUAAACAUGGGAUGUCUUCGAUUGUUGCAGAUUCCACGAGUGGUCAAUCCAAGGAAGUUUCAGUUAGUGAGUUGAACACCAAAGCCCAAGAUAGGAGUGCUGUCCAAAAGUCAAAGUCAGAAAAGAACGAAACUCGAUCCCAGAAACUGCACGAUGAUGAUGACAGCGAUUCAGACAUGAACCUAGAAAGUCUGUUUCGCGACAUUCCUGCCAAAGAGUGGAACAGAAAGUUUACAGAAAGCUCACCGACUGUGGAAAACGAGAGUGAAGCAGAAUACGAUCUGAUUCUGAAGGAUAAAGAAAAAGCUACAGCUAAAGAAAUGACCCAGAAUGGCUCCAAAUCUAGUAACAGUUUAAGUUUUAAGACAUCAGAAGUGAAGGCUAAGAAAGGAUAUGAAACAAAGACAGGAGGCGAGGAGGCGAAUGAAGAAAUGGAUGUUGAAUCAGACAUGAAUGAAGUAAAUAAAGAGAGUGUGGUUAGAAAAUCCUUACAAAGUAAUCAGCAACUUCCAGGUCUUGUGGUUGAUAAUAAUGUGAAGAAAAGUGAUAGUUUCAGAAAAUCGGUUGAUAACAGUGAAAGUAAUGUUUUGAGUACUACGCAUUGUAAGUCUAUAGGCAAAUCAGAAUCUACCAUCAAUGCGCAAAAAGAUGUUCAUUCUUCGGCAGAUGAAAGUUCCAAAUCUAGCCUAGAGACAUUAACAUUUUCGAAGGGCCGGUUGCAGAAAAAAAUAAAAUCUAUCAAAAGCUCAUUGGAGAAGAAUAUAAACGUGAACAGUGAUUUAAACAACUUAAACACUUGUAAGGUGAGUAACAAGUUGAAGAUUUUGGAACCCGAAGAAGACAAUGCUAACUUCGAUGAUGAAGAGGCUGUUGCAAUGAAAACUAAUGUAUCAUUUGAGAAAUCCGAUGAAAGUCGUAUAUCAGCAGAAAACCAGCAAGUUUCGAGACGAAGUUUAAACAAAUCUAAUCAGGAACAUGGAAGUUCCUUUAUUGCAGUUACGAAGAAUAACGAAUCCUUUAAUGAGAUGAAUUUCAGCAAUUCUUUGGACGAGAUUCCGAGCUCUCCUAUUUUGAGAAAUAAGAAGUCGCCUAAAAAGAGAAAAGAAUCGAUGAAGGAGGAAGCGCAUUUCUCUAUGACGAGUACCCAAGGUGAAGUGGAACCAGAACAUUUGGACACUCACGAAGACGAAGAGGAAGGGGAGCUCUGGAAGAACAGCUCCGUCAACACUGUUAUACAUAGAUCUGAAAGUGGAGGCAGUGGCAAAUCUUCAAAGCGCGCGUCUCUGGUCGUUGAAGAGGAUGAGUCGCUUUUUGUUUCAGGCAAACAGAUAAAAACAGUGCCGCAAAAAUAUGUAGAAUGCAGCACGGUUAAUCAGAAUUACUCUAUCACAGCACAAGUGAGCUCGGAGAGCUCGAAUGACAAUUUAGAGGACAGUACGGAACAGUGGAUCCCUCAGUUUCUUUAUGACUCGUCUAAUGGAGAAGAAGACGAUUCAUCAAAUGACAGUAUUAACUCAGACAUUGCUAGGGAGUACAAUCUUGAUGGGAAGUCUGACGUAGAGGAUUCUGGCAAAGAUAUACCUGGUGACAUCUGCAGAGAGUCGGAAGUAGAAAACUCUGAUUCGGAUGAUAAUGGUUCUGACUUGGAAGGAUUUGUAGUGGAUGACGAGGAAGAGGACGAAGAAGAAGAAGAUCAGAGUGUAGAAAAAAAUGCAAAUGGAGGAAAGGGUAAAAAGAAAUUCUCAAGAAUUGCAAUGCAAUUUUCAGACGAGGGGGAAGAAGAAUCUGACAGUGAAGUUAAUCCAAAGAUGAUCAAAACAAGUGUUGGUGACAAAAGUAAAAUUUUGAAGUUCACUGAGAAGCUAUCUGAUAAUAUCGAAACUCUAAAAACUCCGAAAAGGGGUAAAGUCUCAAAAAAGUUAUCGGAGACUGAUAAGUCUCAAGGGUUUUCGGAUGAACAGAGUUCAGAUACGAGUCCCAAGACUCCGAGAGUGAGCAGUACACCUAAAGCAAGUGGGAAGACCUGGAAAAAUAAAAUUGUUAGUAAUGUAAACUUGGGUAUUAACAAAGACGAGUCGUCAAACUGUAGUACAAGUGACGGGGAGUCUCUUUCGCCUGAAUUCAUAAAAAAGAAAAAUCAGAUUCUUAAUCAAUUAUAUAUGAUGGCUUCCAUGAAAAGUGCGAGUUUUCGUGAAACGAGAGGCACGAAGCAGAAGGUUUCCGGUGCACUACGGAAAAGUCUUCCCGCUGUGUCAACAGACUUGACCGAUGUCACCGAAACCAAUCUUUUGAGGCAAAAAUCAUCCAAAGUGUCUAUGCUGAAUAAAACAAAUUUAACGGCUAACAGUAAAACCCCUGUAACGAAAUUUCCGAAGAAACAGAGAUUAUACGAUACUCUAUCUUCUGCAGAUUUACAAGAAAAACAAGCAGAAGGCAUUUUGGAUGAGGCAAAAGAGAUUGUCGAAUCUAGUAAAAAAGCUCAUCUAACUUCAAAAACGAGCACGUUGGACGAAUCGCCGAAAGAACACAUCCAUACUCAAAUAAAAAAAAAGAGUAAUGAAAAAGAUACAAAAAUUCUUGUCGAACAAGAGGAAAUGACGCCGACCGAGAACACGACCGAAUUAAAAAAUAGUAAAGUAAACAAAAAGGCAUCAAAGAAAUUGAAAUACGAAGAGGAAACUAGUUUUGAAGCUCAAGAAGCCGUUGAUAAACCUACCGAAGGCGAGAAAAAGAAGAAGAAACAAAGUGACCAAAGUCAAGAAAUAGAGAAUCCAGGAAAAUCGAAGACCAAGCAUAAUCUCGAAGCUCAAGAAAAGUUGGAGGCAACCGUCGAAGCAGAAAAUGUGAUAGAGACGAUUGUUAUUAAAAAGCAAAAGAAAAAGAAAAGGCCGAGUGCCGAGAUGAUUCCUAGCGAGGACACUGAAAUCAUGGAUGAUAAGCCCGCCAAGAAAAUAGCAGAAAAACUGAAGAAGACAGAAAAUGUAGAUGAAGGAAGUACUCAGAGACCAUCGAAGAAGAGGAAGAAAGUUGAAUCCACAGGAUUCGAAGUAACCUUGGAGGAAGAACUAAAUCCGAAGAAUAUCGAGGUGGAUUCGGGAUACAGACAAAAAUUAAAGAAGUCUAAAAAAUCGCCUGCAGAGCAAGGCGAACAAGAGACGAUAAAAAUGGCCGAUGAAAACACCAACAAGGAAAGUGCUGGCAAGGCUCGCAAGAAAAAGAAGAAAGAGCGUGUCGAUAUAAUAAAUCCCGAAGAUCAACCCACAAAGAUUUCGAAGCUGACAUCGAAGGAAAGUGCCGCAACGAGCGACUCCGAUGAAGCUCCCGAAGUUGUAGAUUUUUCGAAAGCACGCGCGGAAGCGUUAAGAACCAUAAAAAACGCCGUUGAUAGUAUAAAAGCCGGCAAAGAGGCGAAAAGGAAGGAGAGAAGAGAACAACUGGAGAGAAUCCAUCAAAAGAAGAGUGCAAAGUUACAAGCAGAGUCUGCAAAACGUGAAUGCGAAUCGCGUCCUCGAAAUCUCGGGCUGAAACGACUCCCUGACGAAGUCAUCGAGAAUCUUUCGGACAGCUCGAUAAAGAGGCCGAAAAAACGAAGAAAACAUUCCAAAACCGACGAGAUAGUGCCUUCCAAAUCCCUGUUCGUUCCUGACAGAGCCUCGAAUCCUGCGAAUAGUGCGGAAAACGGAUUUAUUCCUCUCAGCGCAGCCGGAAGUACGACGGAAUUUAGCGCUGUGAAGCUGAAAAAAAUUAAAAAACAAACAUCUCCAGCAGUAGCGUCCUUCAGAGAACAUAAACUCGCUCGGAAUAAUCGUCAACCAUCGACUUCCUACACUACGUAUCAUCAGAAAUUGAAAGCGUCUGGGAAAGACAAACUCCCUUGUUGAAAUUAGUAGAUCUGAGCUUUCGAAUUUCGAUUUUCUAAUUAGAUUUCCUGUAUUUAAAGAGUAUGCUUCAAACGAUUUUACCUUCUCUUCCCGCUUACCCGAGAGCCAGAUUAUACGUCCGUUCACUAUUGUCAAUAUGUACAAUUUACGUUAACAUGUCUACGAUUUUAAAAAUGAUUAGAAAUUUAGAAUCACCGCGUGAGAGCAAUGGAGAAAUGAGAAGUUGAACGGUUGAUUUUACAGUCAGGGUCGUAAAUUUGAGACUAUGUUAUUAACCCUUAUUAACUAGCCGUCAGUGUACACCGCACACAUUAAGAGGGUCUCGUGCAAAAUUGCUAGAUAUAAUUUAGAUAUGUUUGCUAUGAUAGCUGUUGGCUAUGAUUGCUAUGAUAGAAUAUGUUGCGUAUGAUACAUUUUUUAAAUGACGCAUUUAGUGGAUGCUGGAUAUAACCGACGCUGAGCGCGAAAGGGUUAAAAUAAUUAAGAGAGAGGCAUGACGUUUUGUACACCGUGACAUCAAUGGUUGGCUCGAGUUGAUUAAGGGGAUGUGAAAGUGGCAUCUGAAAAGUCAAUCGUUCAUGAAUCUUUUUCUCUGAACUGGAUGUGCCAAGUCGUUUCAAACUUUACAACGUGAAUGUGGAGGCUCAAUACAAAUUCUCAUAGUUGUCUUAAAUUCUCUAGGGAUUUUUAAAUUACCACAACAUUCUAAGUUAUAUUAUUCGAAUUUAAGGUGAUAUGAAAGAGCUUAUAUAUAUCUGAGAAGUCAAAUCGUUGGG